GAGUGGAACAGAGAGGGUUUACCACUGUCAACAGUAAGUGAUGAGGCCUGUAAACUCUAUGAUGCAAUCGUUACUCAAUACACAGGUUGGUACGAUGAUGAAAGCUUGGGAGGCAUGAUAGGAACGCUGGAAAAGUUGAAAGCAGCUGAUCCCAAUUUUAUUAUGGGCCAUGUGGUGGCUAAUGGUCUAGAACUGCUUGGAACUGGACGAAAUGUAAGGUUGGAUUCAGCCCUUGAAGCUGAUGUACAGAAAAUGAUACGUUUAAGUAUCAGUUCAGAUAAGAUCUCCACCAGGGAAAGAAAUCAUGUUGCAGCACUGGAACUGUGGGCUAAAGGCUCAACGGAACAAGCCUGCAGUGUCUGGGAGGAUAUACUGCUAGAACAUCCUCAUGAUAUUUUGGCACUCAAGUUUGCUCAUGAUACUUACUUCUACUUGGGGCAUUCAUACCAAAUAAGAGACAGCAUUGCCAGGGUUUUACCCUACUGGAAGCGAACCCAUCCCUUGUAUGGGUAUGUGCUUGGCAUGCAUUCAUUUGGCUUGGAAGAGACAAACUUAUACCCAGAAGCAGAAACAGUUGCCAGAAAGGCCUUAUCUAUAAAUCCCAAUGAUGCAUGGGCCACCCACACACUGUGCCACGUGAUGGAAAUGACUGGGCGGCAACAUGAAGGGAUUUAUAUGAUGGAGAAAACAAACAAGUAUUGGACAACUUGUGGAAUGUUGGCCUGUCACAACCACUGGCACUGGGCUCUUUACUAUAUUGAACUUGGAGACUAUGAGUCUGCCUUGUCUCUUUUUGACAAGCAAAUUUCACGCAGGGCAGAAAAAUCUGGCGCUAUGCUAGAUAUGGUGGAUGUCUGCUCACUUCUGUUUAGGCUGGAAAUGGAAGGCAUUGACGUUGGGAGUAGAUGGGACCAAGUCUGUGAUCUGUACAAGAGCCAUCUUCAUGACCAUGUCUUGGCAUUCAAUGAUCUGCACAUCCUGAUGUCCUGCCUGGGAGCAAACCAGAAGUCUGCCAUUGCAGAGAUGAUAGCAUCUAUCGAAAACUAUAUCAGAGAAGAACAGGGAACAAACAAGGAUGUCACCGCUGAAGUUGGUGAAGUUCUGUUGAAAGCGUUUGUGGCGUACAAUGAUGGUGAUUAUGCUGCUGCAGUGGAUUAUGUCAACCCUGUUCGGUACAAGGUUCACCUGAUAGGUGGCAGCCAUGCACAGAGAGACCUGGUGAAUAUUUUUCUUAUCCAAGCAGCCAUCAAGUCUCACAAAAAGGAGCAUCACAGACUUGCCAGGGCUUUGUUGAAUGAAAGAAGACUAUGGAAGCCCCAAUCCCCCAUGACUGAUCGACUAAUGGCAAAGGCAAUUGAAAUCCACAGUGUUUAG